AUGUCGGGGAGAGGACGCCCGACGCGGCUCCUCGAUUCCUCGUUCGCCCGUUUCGCGGAAGCCGCACGGUGCCUUCUGCGUGUGGGCCUCGCUGCUCAUGCCCAACACGGCUCAUCGAUUCGGCGUUCGACUGCGUGUGGGCCUCGCUGCUGCUGCCGCGCCUCUCCUGCGCGUCGGCCCCCCAGCUCGCCUCGCCCUCUGCGUGCGAGCCUGCCUGCUGCCGCACCGCCUCCCACUGUGUGCGGGCCUCGCCGGGCUCUCUUUUCCCUGCCUCCGCGGGACAGCGCCCGUUCCCACUGCGUCUCCUUCUCGUUUUCGUUUUCCUCUCGUGGAGGCGGCGUAGGGUUUGGGGAAGGUUUGGGGGAGGGCGGAGUCUUGGCGCCGUGCGAGGAGGGCAGCGGCGGAGGAGUCUGGCCGUUGUGCGUCGGCGCGCCGGGGCCGGCCGACGCCGCCGUGCUCCCGGUGCAGUUCCGCCAGCCCGCAGCUCUUCUCCUGCAUUGCCUUUGUCUUCAGGCCAUUGCUGUUUCCUCCGUUGUUAGCUUCUUCCCUGGGUCUCCCAAACGAGUUCGUGCUGCUGCUUCCACCACUUUGGUCGCCGUUCCCCGCCUGCUUGUGCUGUCUGGAUUGGGUGCUCUUGUUGUGGGGCGCAUUGUCAGCGGUGAACUCCUACUGCUGCUUGUCAGGGAGCAUCAGUUGGAACUAUUUUUGGAAAUUGUAGCUUUCAUGACAGAUCAGCUUCAGCUAGGGAAGUAAGCACGCAACUUUGUACUAAUGGACUUUGAGAUGAUCAGUAUAAAGAGGAGACAAUAAUAUAUCAUCGCAGCUGGCAUCAUUUUUGCUUAAGUGAACCUCCAGUGUAGAUGUACUUUUACUUCAUGCCUAUAGUGCCGUUCCUGCUUAUGUUUAUUUUUUUCCUUCAAUUAUUUUGGUUGGCAUUCCUCAUAGGAUAUUCAUGAUCUGUGUACAAGAAUCCAUGAUCUUAAUGCCAAAAUGUAGAUAUGGAAAUCAUGUUUCCUUACAGUUAAUUGAUAUGACGAUGAUACACUGA